AUGAGUCCAAUCGACUCGUUGGGCUUAAGAAAAGUUUGCAAUUUGCUUGGACAUUGUACAACAACGACAACACCUCGGCCGAUAACUCCGACAGGUCCAUCCACGUAUACCAUAACAUUGUCCCCAACCAGUCCACCUGCGUCGCCAUCACCGACCUCGCCUACCUCACCAACAUCUCCCACGACAUCACCCUCACCGACGUCGCCGACAUCACCAACAACAACAAAUUCAACUUCUCGUAGUUUCUCAGAUGAUGACGGCGGCCGUGCUAGACGUAGGCGUGGACGUGGACGCGGCAGGAGAUCGAGGAGAGGACGUCGUUCACGACGUAAUCGUAGGCGUAGAAGAAAUCGGGGUUAA